UUUCUCCUCUCCCUGAGUAACUUGGCGUUUGGUUCAGUUCAUUAUACAGUCCCAUAUUCUCCCUCCAUUAGGGGCAUUUCUCUGCCUUUUGGACUGACUAGAAUUUCCCCGAAACCCAAGAGGAAAAAAGCCAAACUUUUGUAAGGCGCCAUGGACAUGAAAAAGAGGAUCCACUUGGAACUAAGAAACAGGACACCAUCUGAUGUAAGAGAACUUGUUCUCGACAAUUGUAGAUCCAAUGAAGGGAAAAUUGAAGGCCUCACAGCAGAAUUUGUCAACCUUGAAUUUCUCAGUCUGAUAAAUGUGGGCUUAAUUUCAGUCUCCAACCUCCCAAAACUUGGAAAACUCAAAAAGUUGGAGCUGAGUGACAAUAGAAUUUCAGGUGGCCUUGAUGUUUUAGCAGAGAAACUCCCAAAUCUCACACACCUAAACUUAAGUGGGAACAAACUCAAAGACAUCAGCACAUUGGAGCCUUUGAAAAAGCUUGACCACCUGAAAAGUCUCGACCUCUUCAACUGUGAAGUCACAAACCUCAAUGACUACAGGGAGAGUGUAUUCAAACUCCUACCCCAGCUCACCUACCUGGAUGGCUAUGACAUGGAAGAUCGGGAGGCCUCCGACUCUGACGGAGAAGUUGAUGGUGAUGGAGUUGAUGACGACGAUGAUGAGGAGGGAGAGGAGGAAGAGGACGAAGAUGGAGAGGAGGAAGACUUUGAUGAGGAGGACGACGAUGACGAUGAUGACGAUGAUGAGGUGGAAGGAGAGGAAGAUGAUGUCAGCGGGGAGGAUGAGGAGGAAGAUUUUGGACAUGGAGAUGUAGAUGAUGAAGACGACGACGAUGAUGACGACGAAGAUGAGGAGGAGGAGGGUGGCAAAGGCGAGAAGAGAAAGCGAGAGGCGGACGACGAAGAUGACGACGACGACGACGAUGAGGAUGAUGAUUAAGAGCCAAGGAGCCAAUCAGUUACCAACCCUUCCCUCCCCCUCCCUUAUUUGCCAUCCACCGGGCCACCCCCACACACUCUCGUCACAUGCCUCCCGCAGCGCUGAGCUCCCCGAGGGGCAAGACUGUAUCGAAUGGGUGGGGUGUGUGGAGAUGGAGCCGGGAGCUGAAUGAGGCCUCUCUUGAAUGGCGGCUCACUCGGCAUUCCACAGUUUCACUGUCAAUUCCCUUUUUGUGUUUCACCGAACCCGUGUGAGGACUUUGGGGACUGGUAUCUAGUUUUGGGUCUGUGCUUUUAAUAUUUGUUGGAGAAUUAUGAUUUUUUUUGUGUUGUUGGGUUUAUUUUUUUAUUUUUGUGUUUUUUUUUUUUUUUAUUUUAUUUUUUUCCUUCUCCUAAUUUCCCAAUAAGAUUAUUGCUAUAGCAACCGUGUCAAGGAAGCCAUCAUUUUAGUGUGGCAGCCAGUGGCACAAAUCAAUGUUGUAGCUACAUUUUUACUUUCUGUAUGACAAAAAACAAAAACAAACAAAAAACAACUUUGUAAAUAAAAUGUUAACAUUUUA